UUUAACAAUAGAAUUUAAACGAUAUAUAUACAUGUAUAUUGUAAUUUAAGAACAGAAUCCUGUAGACCUGUACCGAUGCAUUGUGUGCUUUAAAGUCGGCAGAGGGUAAGUAAAAUUUAUCUUACUACAUACAAUGUACAAAGAGCAAUAGUAUGCGUCUUUUCCCCAUUAUCGUUAAAGUGCAUGUCUGCGUAAAACUUAAACGUUGAUACAUGGAGUAAACUUCGUUUAUAUGUUUGUUACAUAUUAUGCUCACGUGUUGCUAAUGAGUCGUCAGAGAUAGGCUUAAUGAGUCUGUGUCCUUAAACAACAGAAAAAUAUACGUACAGGUAUACAUCCUCUUCUACAAAACUAGAAUAGAAUAGAAAUUUAUUAUUUCUAUAAUAUAAUAUCUAGUUAUAAAUACCACUAAUAAUAAAAAUAAGUCUAUUUCUUUGAGUCUAUUCUCAGUGUAUGGUCUUGAGGCCAGAAUCAAAGAUAAAGCUGGUGUAAUCAUUUAUCAAAUUUCGGAUUUGAUAGUAAUUUUUGAAAAAUAUCAUAAUUAUGUCAAUAUGGCAAAUGUGAAAUCUGGCAUUUGUAUUAAUUUUGAGCAUUUUGGUUAUGAAAUUACUGAUAUACUAUGUACCCCCCCCCCUCUCUCUCUCUCUCUUGACCGAUAUCAGCUUAAGUUGUCUUUGUUAUGGCUGCAUACUGAAUGUCAGAAUAUUUAUUUGGCAUUUAAUAACCUUGUGAUCGGUCACGUUCAUCUAUUUGAUAAAGAGAAUUAAAUGGAUUCCUUGCUUCCUGGUAGUGCGUAGUGCAUCUAGCGUGAAUAUAUCUACAUUGUACGGCUGAAUCCAAACAAUGUGUUUAUCUCCGCUGACACUUCAUUGAUAUUACACAAGUAUGCGAUAAAGUCGCAGGAAUAUUGAAAAGAGUCAAGAUUUUAACAAAGGACUUCUACGCAACGUUUUGUUCUAGUGUCGAACGAUAAUUUUUUUGGCCUUUGUUUUGUUUAAUAAGCAGGCCAGUGCCAUGGAAAAACAAGAGACCCAUGGGUCACAUCGAUCAUCUGAUUCAACCGGGCUCUAUCGUUGUUCAGCUGUUGUGAUUUUUGAAACACUUUUUUAUCAAUCUUCAUUCCCAAGAUAAAUUUUGACUCCAUAUUGCGGCCCCAUAGGAUCACAGCAUAACUGAAAAUGAAUUCACAUAACAUAGACAUGCCUCAACAUUAAUAUGACUAACAUGACCUUGCUGUUCUGGAUAACACCAAGGUCACAGAUCAUAUUGUAUGUAAUAAACGACCUUUAACCCUUUAUAAUGUAUUAUUAUCAUAACGUGGAGGACAUAGAAAUUGUAAAUUAUAGGUCAAUGGAUACAAUUGCUUUUUUUAAACUUGGUUGAUUGGAAGGAAUAAUUUUUUAGACAGUCGACAUUAAUGUUCAUGGCAGUAAAAUAGAAUUAUUCUAAAAUAUGCAUGUCACGUUUUACGUUCCAUAAUUUUCGUAUUAAUGGAAGUCAAAUUAAAAAAAAAAAUUAAAAAUUGAAAGCUUCCAAUAUUAUCAUCAGAUACAUGUAUAGAUGUACAGUAGAUGCCCAUAAGUUUUGUUCCCAGAAACAUUUUUCAAUAUUCAUAUUUCAUACAAAACAGCAAUUUUUCAAAUAGUAGUUGUGACUUUAUUUUAAACAUAUACCGUUAAAGAAUUCUUAAGUGAUAUUUGUAUAGAUCUGACGAAAAUAUCGUAAAUAUAUAUCAGUAGUCUUAUCUAUCGUGAAAUUGAUAUACUGGUGUUGAUAAAUUUGAGUGAUGUAAGUAUCCACUUUUCAUAUAAUUUUGACUCAAAGACUCGUUAACAUUUUAAUAACUCUUAAACUUUUUGGUCCGCAAAAGGGAGAAGGGGGGGGGGGGGGGGGGUCCGGACCCCCUAGAGCCCCCCACCCACCCCACCUCUGGAUCCGCCCUUGGGGAUUAAAAUAAGAACAUUAUAGGCAAAAUUAGGUUUUUUCUUCACGAAACACAAUGAUGUAAAUCAUUACAUUAGUACGUAGACUCGUUCUCCUCUUUCCGUGACUGGGGACAGAGUAUAGGUGUGGGUAAAAUAUUGAUCUUUUAACUGUACAUGUGUGUGAGAAAGUUGACAGAGAUGAGGAAUAUAAUGCAUUCACUGACCUUGGCCGAUGCAGCGUUCAGCUGUAAAAAGACAAAAACAAAAUUCGCCAUUGCACUCUUUUCUAUAUUUGAUUAUAUUAUCUUUAAUAAAACUUGCAUUCGACAACCACGUUUAUACUGCAAUAAUACUGCGGCAGUUACGAUAGAAUGCUGACUCCUUUUUAUUCUCUUCCACUACAGCCUCUUGCAAUGUACAGUGCUACCUUGUAAAGUUCACGCGCAUGCUUUAUGGACUUUUAACAGAUACACUCCAGCUAAUUUAUGUGCUUUAACAAUAGAAUUUAAACGAUAUCUAUACAUGUAUAUUGUAAUUUAAGAACAGAAUCCUGUAGACCUGUACCGAUGCAUUGUGUGCUUUAAAGUCGGCAGAGGGGAAGAAGAAAUGGCGACAGCUAGGAAACCAGUCCUAUCUGAGCAUGCAAUUGUCAUUGUCGUCUGCACCAUCAUCAUUCGGGUGCUGUCUAUUGGAUAUGUCAUUGGAGGGUUCGUUUUGAAGUUCCAUUUGUCUUUUUUGGACGAGGGAGUUGUGUAUGUUUUAGAUAAGAUAAAUCUAGGGGUUUUACCCCUGGGAUCUACACUGAUGUUCCUCUUCUACUCCAUGAUGCCGUUUCUGCUGCUUUACACUAUCGUUGGGGUGAUUGGACUGAUUUUAAUAUACAAAACAACCAAGUUGCUGCUUAUAAUGCAUGCUAUAAUCCACACGACCUUGACUGCAUUGGAGAUUAUUUAUCUGUCUUUGAUAUCGUGGAUUAUAUCCGAGACUUAUUACUCCACAGAGCAGGAUUAUAUGCUAGCACACGACGCUGCAUCGUCACAAAUGAAUUGGAGAGAAGACAGAGAUAAAUGGUUCAGUUUCUUUGAAAAGCUGGAAUGUUGCAGUGUGACUGGAAAGCAAACAAUUGGCGGGACCAUAGGAUACAAUGGAUACACCUGUUGGUAUAGCACAGGCUGUCUAGAUGUCAUCCAGAAUUUCACCACAACUUACGGCAGUUAUUACAUUGUCAUAAUAUCUGUCAACAUUAUCACAAGCUUAGUGGCCGUGGGUGUCACUGAGUACAUGUACAGGACUGUCGUCAUCAAAGACGUCACAGACAAGAAAAUGACCAAAUGUGGUAAUGGGAUGUUCGGAGAGCUUCACAAAUUCUUCCUGUCACUUUGGCGAAGAAAUAAAAUCAUAUGGAUGUCGGGGAUUUUGAAGAUUUUUGAUUUCAUAUACGAAGUGGCUUUAGGAACCUCUGUGCUAAUACUGACGUUCAGCUGGCUUAGAGAUUAUUAUUUGAAGGAUGUCAUUUGGAACAUUUGGAAGGACGGCUUAUCAAUGGGAUACUUGGAAUAUAUCCUCACGGUUACUUUCUUGUGUGUUCUACUCGUCUCAAUGGGUUUGAAAAUGCUAAAUUUUACGGCAAUACAUCAGAAGAAAAGGAACCUUAUGAUCACGUACAUGAUCAUCGAAUUCUUCUUGCUGUUGAUAGAAGUCAUCAUUUUCAUAUUUUUCAUUUUUUUGAUAAGGAUGCUAUACUGCUGUUUAACCGGGAAUGAGAGCUAUCAUUGUCAUUUCUCAGAUAGUGAUCAAAGAAAUACGCUAUGUUCAAACAAUGAGGGAAUUUGGGAGAGAUCUGCGAGAAAUAUAUGGUUGUCGUUCGCAUUUUUGCUGUUUCAUAUAGCAGUAAAGUUAUUACAUUUGGUAAUGAAUGAAAGAAUAUUCAAAGUAAUAUCUUCUGAGGAAAAAGGAGAAGCUGGUGGAUUUUUAUAUUUUCUCUUCGUGAGAAGUAAAAAGGCGUCUUUAGCAGCAGCCAACCUUGGUCUUGGAGUCUUCAUCAUGGUUUACAGCACCAUGUUUCUCUGUGGGCUGUUAAUUGUGAGAUACGACCAGCAUUCUUAUUCGAGAAUCACCAGCACGCUGCAUGGUCUUUAUCACAAUGGAACCUCUCUUAACAUAGGCACCGUCCGUGAUUCGUCGUAUGUACUGAUGGCAGUUAGCUCCAGUCUCUCGUUUCUGGCACAGAUACUCUUAUAUGUGGGACUCUAUUUCCAAAUCUCAAAGCUAUUUCUAAUCUUUUUUGGCGUCCAGUUCUCUCUAUUGCUGCCACAGAUGAUCUCAGUGAUUCUCAUAGGAUUUCCACUAAGAUUGGUAUAUUGCUGCUUGGGUGGCACCGACUAUAGCCAAUGCGAAUUUCACUCGAAUAAGGAUGAUUUGAAGAUACUCUGCAACGGUGGGAGUGACCUAUGGAUUAGUGCGGUGAGGGAGAUCUGGCUGUUUUGGGCAUUCACGCUGGGGUCCUUUGUUGUUCAGGUUAUAUCUUUAGUCCUUUGCAACACUUUUUACCAGAAGACUUUCAACGAAGCGGGUGUUUUUACGUUAUGCUGGAGAUCCAUAAAGCAGAAGGUUGGCAGAUUAAAAACUAAAGUGUUAGAACAUCCUGUUACUUCCAUCGUUGUUUUGGCAGUUGUAACUUUGAUAAUUGAAGUAGGAUUCGGAAUUACUGUGUACGUGUAUUUUUUCGUCAACGUCGAUCAUACUCAAGUGCAGCAAAACACCGGCGAACUUAGCCGUCACAUUUACAACAUGCGGUAUCUUAUGAAUGGGAUAGUUUACACGCUGAUGGUCAUCACGCCCAUAUCUACGAUUAUCAGACCAAUUCUCUUCUGGCUAAUACUCUUUAAAAGAAAACUUCUAUUGUCAUAUUUUUUUGUGUUAGGUUUCAUUGUACUUGUAAUUGCGGAGCUUGUCAUGCUUGCCCAGUCUUCCUUCCUUCUGCAUUGGGCUCAGAGUUGUGGCAUCCUCGGUGCAUCCGACGUAACGGACUGGGCGGAGUUUUGCCGUUCGUAUGACGGAGUGGUCUACAAUAUGACAGUUGUUAACAUUUCGUUCAUGGUUCUGCAUCUAAUUUUCAACACUCUACACAUCAUACUUGUCGAUAGAAUGUAUCCGGUAUUGAAAGAAGAUGAAAAAAGGAGAGGCAUUUUGAAAAUAUGUUUCACUUUUAUCUGGGAUAGAAUAAAAUCUUUAUUUACUAAAGAGAAAAUACAACGAUUCUUUACUACAAUACAAGGAUUCAGUCUUAUCGUAGAAGUGGCGUAUGGUAUUAGUGUCUAUGCCUUGUACUUUGCGAACUUCUCACCAUUAGACAACACAUUACAGCAGGAGUUGGCCACUUUUGGAAAGCACCGUUAUGAUAUGCAGGAUCUGCUGAAUGCGCUGUCUUAUACCCUAAUGUCUUUUAUUCCUCUAGUGAUAUGUUUGAGGGUGAUCAUUCUUCUGACCAGUAUCUACAAACGCCCACUUUUCAUAUAUAUAAUAAUGCUGAGUAUUUUCGUUAUUUCUGUUGGAGAGAUAGUUCUUCUGUCACAAUCCUCUUAUAUUUUGGACAUGGCUUACGAUUGUUUUAUUCGUGGCUCAUCACAUUAUGCGAUAUACGACAAAUUCUUAUUGUUUUGCAACACAAAUGUUAGAUUCGUCUUUGAUAUUGCGGCUGUUCUCGUCUCAUUUCUGGUCCUGCAUAUUGUCCUUAAUGGUAUAAGUUUUAUCAUACUUGAUCAAAUGCACAAACAUACUGAAGACGGAUUAAGUGCUAAGGGCGCAAUUGUGACAGCAUUUAGUCUUCUUUUCGCAUCUUUGAAAACGUCGAAAAUAAUUGCUGUAUUCAUUGUCACUUUACUACUAAUGCUUGGUAUCCGCCUCCUGUUCUGGACUGGCUUAAUAUUGAUGGGACUAUCUCCAGGAUACAUACAUACGGAAUUAAUUGAUACACUAUAUUCAAUGCAUAGAGGGGAUAUGAAUUAUGGUAGACUAGUUAUGGGUCUUCUGUACUCUCAUAUGGCCAUGGUACCUCUGGAUAUUGCCUGCCAUUUUUGGGAGUUCUUUGCAGUAUUAAAACCAAGAAAAUUUCGCCUUUGUAGCGGAGUCAUCAUUCGAAUACCAUGGGUAUGCUACGAUGUUGUUUGUUUGGUUUUAUCUUCGAUAGUUCUUCGUUUGUGGUACUGUUUAUGUGGAUCGGGAAUAAAUUGUACUUCCUCCUUUCCUUCUCAUAAAACUGAGGUAUGCCAACAUUCAGAUUUACUGUUUGAUUCAUCAGCAAUAAUGGUAGCAUAUGUCGUCAUCAAUUUCUCCUGUCAUGUACUUGAAAUAAUACUGAGUGGCUUCUUGAUUAAAAGAGGUACACCUAGAGUUAGUCCUACUGACAUUUCACCGAAAAAUCAAGAUGUGAAGAGUGAUAGAGAUUCAAUUGAAACAAUUGCUUCCUAAAUUACGAAGAGCGUGAAAUACCAGGACAAUUACACAAGUAACAGUAUCUCGAAAGACUUCCAAACUGCCAAAUGGGGUGAUUUAUUUGUUGGUAUGGACAUUAACCUUAUGAGGAACUAAUAUUGAUAGACUUGAAUAAACUUCAGUAAACUAA